UUAAAUUUGCCGAUAAAUCUUUAUUUGAGAAUGUUAUUGAUUAUAUUGUUAGUUGUUAGUUGGUUUCUGGCAUCAUAGUUCGAGUGAAAUUCGAGAAAAUGUAUCCGGUUCCGGAGUUCUUUCCCGUCGUGGAAAUAUUGCAUACAUUUGCAAUGUGUUUUUUGCCUGUGAGCAUUAUACUCAAACAAAAUGGUGCAGAUGUGUCUGGCAAAACUCAGCUUUUGCAAGCAAUGGUAGUCAUCACUAGGUAUGUACAUCCCUAUGACACUUUCGGCUAUGCUGAUUGGACGUCAAUGACGAAAGGAUUGCAAAUCAUGGCAACAGUAUUUACUGUAUUUAUACUUUUCGUGGUUAUGGACAGCUAUGACACUAAAUCCGAUAUUUUCACGGCGGAAAUAUUGGUAUUUACAGCAAUGUAUUUGGCUCUUCACUUUCCUAUAAAAAUGGAUUCGUAUUGGAUUCUGUGGCAGUUCAGUGAAUACCUCGAAGCAGUCUCCCUACUUCCGCAGGUGUACCUGGUUAUAAAAAUCCAGAAUAUCAGCAUGGGCACGGCAGUCUUUAUGACAUUCAUGGCAAUAUCAAAGCUUUUUUAUAUUUUCACGUGGUUAAUAUCUCAUAAGACGAACGUUGAAUUGUUUUACGUAACGCAUAUCUCAGCUAUCAUUCACGUCGGAAUAUUCAUCUCUUUCUUGAUUUUGGGUAUCUGUACAGCUGCAGCAAACUCAAGUACAACAAAAAGUAGUAAAAUGGGGUAUGCGGUUGUUGAUGUUGGAAACGUGGUUAAGAAUGUGUCGCAGAAGCCUGGAAAAAAGGAUCAAGCGACGGAUCGUACACCGUUAAUUUUGUACUCUUCCGAUGUUUAAGAAAAAAUCAUUCAUUCAUAAGAAAAUUCAUUAUAUUUUUGUGAUAUAUACAAUAAUUUUGUGUAAUAAGUAUAGACCAGAGCGGAUCUGUGAAAAAACGUCAAUUUUUGGAUGUGCGAGGUGGCAUUCGGAUUUUUGCAGAUAAAGUUAGGUGACAACUUCAACAAUAAUAAUUGACUUAUGCUCCUUCUCAAAUAUGCCCGAAACAUUAAUAAAAAAAUUAAAAUAUUUAGAUAUUUCGAAAAACAUCGAUAUUUUUCUACUUUCUUUGCUUAUAACUUUAAAACGAUUCAUUUUGGAACAAAGUCGUAGCAAAAUAAAAUAAAGAUAAUUGAAUUUUGUAUGAUAAACGACUGGCUAAAAAUGUCUUAAAUUAUUACUCUUUCUACAAAAUAGCAAUAAAUACAAAUAAGGGGGCAAAAUAAGCCUGUUUUUAUUCAAUGUUUUUCAACCAAAAACUGGCUGCACUUAGAACUUUCGUAACUCGUAACAUACUUAAAUCCUUCACCAACAUAUUUCAUUAAUAUCGACAUGUAUAAUUUGGCAGAAUAAUUUUGAAAUCUAAAUUUUUUUAAAAAAGUUCAAAUUUUUUAAAAAUUUUCUGAACAAAAAGUAGACCAUUUAGAAGUUUGCUAAUUUUUUUAGAUAUAAAUAGUUUCUCUACCUAUCUAAUACACUUUACAGAAUUAAAAUCGGAUUAUUUAAGAGGCCUCAGCACUGUUUUAAAGUUAUAAACAAUUUUUUGGCUUAUAAACAAAUACAGUGAGGACGUUUGAGUUGACAUACAUAGAUUUUCUCAAAAAUUGGUGUCUCUGGAGAUAAAUUCCGAAACAGGUCGAUUUUUAUUUUUAAAUUCUAAUUUUUUAGUAUCUAUAUCAUACUAGUGACGUCAUCCAUCUGGGCGUGAUGAAGUAAUCGAUGAUUUUUUUAAAUGAGAAUAGGUGCCAUGUGAUAGCUCAAUCGGAAGGCUAUUCAAUUUUUUAUUCAGUAAUACAAACAUUAACAUAAUUAUUUAUACAGGGUUUGAAUUCAAUUUUUUUUUGAAUUAAAUUAAUUCCAAUAUUUAGAUUACGUCAUUACACCCAGAUGGAUGACGUCACUAGUAUGAUAUUUAUGCCGAAAAAUUAUAAUUUAAAAAUAAAAAUCGAUCUGCUUCGGGAUUUAUCUCCAGAGUCACCCAUUCUCAAGAAAAUGAAUUUAAUCCAACUCAAACGUCCUCACUGUAUUUGUUUAUAAGACAAAACAUUGUUUAUAACUUUAAAACAGUGCUGAGGCCGCUUAAAUAAUCCGAUUUUAAUUCUGUAAAAUGUAUAGAUAGGUAGAGAACCUCUUUAUAUGCAAAAAAAAUUAGCAAACUUCUAAACGGUCUACUUUUUGUUCGGCAAGUUUUUAAAAAAAUUUAGAAUUUAAAAUUAUUAUGCAAAAUCUAUUAGGUCAAUUUUAAUGAAAUUUCGUGGACGGUUUAAGUAUGUUGUAAGAAUUUUUUAAACGAAUUAGGAAGGUUCGAAGUGCAACCAAAGUGGUUGAAAAACAUUGAAUAAAAACAGUCUUUUUUGCUCCCUUAUUUUCUAUUUAUUGCUAUUUUGCAGAAAGGGUAAUAAUUUAAGACAUUUUAAACCAGUCGUAUUUUAUACAAAAUUCAAAUAUAUUUAUUUUCUUUCCUUACGGCUUUGUUCCAAAGUGAAUCGUUUUAAAGUUAUAGGCAAUGAAAUUAGAAAAAAAAUCGAUAUUUUUCGAAAUUUUUAAAUAUUUAAAUUUUUUUAUUAAUAUUCCGGGCAUAUUUGAGAAGGAGCAUAAGUCAAUUAUUAUUACUGAAGUUGUCACCUAACUAUCUGCAAAAAUCCAAAUGCCACCCCUCACAUCCACCUCAAAACAUAUCCGCCCUGGUCUAGUAUGUAUGCCUUUAUUUUAGUAAAUAAAAGAUUGUUUUUAUAUUA